CAGUAUCAUACGGGCAGCGGAGCUGCACUUCAAACCUACGUCCACAGUAUUUCAUACCAGCAACUGUGCACAACAAAACUUGAUACCUCAUGUUUGAGAACACUUCGUAUACUACUAAAUUAUGUUACGCAAGAAAGGAACAUGGCGGUUACCAGCUGAUGAUUUUAGUGAUGAAUUGUGUGGCCAAAUUGUUAAUCCAGACUGCAUUGUCUCCACGAUGGACCGUUUUGAGGAACAGUCAGUUUCGAGUAACAUCUUUGCAAGGCUUUCUGAGAUCAUCGUCGAUUUUAAGCGGUCAUAAAUUUGGUUUAAGUUUGAUACACCCUAAUAGUGAUGUGAAAUACUACAGUACAGGAGCAAAGACUAGGACAAAAAACUUCUACAAAGUGCUCGGUGUCUCACCUAAAGCCACCCAGGCACAGAUCAAAAACGCAUUUUACAAGCUCUCCAUCACUCACCACCCCGACAAACACAAGGGAAGCGCUGAAUCUCACGAAAAAUUCCAAAACAUCACCGAGGCAUACAACGUACUUGGAAAUCAAGAAUCGAGAAAGCAAUAUGAUCGAGAACUUGUAGGCGAAGGACAGUUGAGAGCAGAACAUGCACAUGGUUACGAACAUCCUCAAACAGUUAAGAAACCAGGAUCGAUUUAUAAUUUUGACGAAUGGACCAAAGCACACUACUCGAAUACACUUGAUCGAAAUCACCGAACAAAACUAAGGCAAGAACAACUUCGGAAAGAAAAAAUAAAUACACCGACAACGGGAUCUGGGACUUUGAAGGCUACAUUUGUUUCAAUUACCGUAUUAUUGCUUAUUUGUAUGUACUAUUACAGUAAAAACGCCCAGAAGUUCGAAUCGAAGGAUGACUUUCGAAUGUGAUGUUUUACAUUGAUAUCGCAUACAUUAAAUAUUUGGUAGUGAGAAUUUGAAAUCUACUACAUAUUAAAGGACUCUUUUGUGUAAAUUUUUUAUAGUUAUAUUUCCCUAUAAAACAGUUGAAAAUAAAGUAGACUGCACGAAAGCAAGUGCAGUUUACACCAAUGGCCUUCUUUAAUUGUCCUCAACUCAAGGGGUGAAGUUUCAAUCACUCUUCACCUGUGUGGUAUAUUUAAAAAUUAUUCCACAAGCGUGCAUUGGAUAUGAGAUGAUAG